AUGAAUUAGACAUCAACUAAUAAUCAAAAGAAAACUAAACCUAAAUUGUAGUUAAAUGUCAAUAUUACUGAUGUCUAACCUGAGAGUACUCAUUCUUCUGAUGGAUGGAAAUAAUAAACAGACAUAUUUUUCCAUGAACCUAUGUAUUAUACAAUUUAUUAAUAGUAAGUGAUUAGUCUUUAUAAUUUUGUCAUAAUGGAAAGACAGUUGCUGAUGUUGCUCAACUUAAGUGUGGUAGAAAGUAUUAAGAAGAUAGAGUACUAAAUCCUCUUAAUUUAAGUUUGUUGCUAUUCCAAAUCUAAAUCAAAACAAAGAGGCCUAAUUCUUUUAUGCAAUUUAUGAUGGUCAUGCAGGUCAUUCUGUAUCAGUUAUUCUCGAAAAUAAUUUACAUAUAUAUUUAUAAGAAGAAAACAAUUUUUGUGAUGAUUUAGAGAAAGCAAUAAUAAAUAGUUUUGAGAAAAUGAAUUAAUAUAUACUUGAUUGUUAAGAAGAAAAUUAAUUACUUGGUGGUUCUACUGCUAUUUGUGUUAUAAAUAAAAAUAAAGAUCUAUAUAUUGUCAAUUUAGGUGAUUCUGCUUGUGUUUUAAUUAAUGAGGAAUGUGAAAUUUAGAAAUUGAAUCUUGAACAUAAAUUAAAUAGAGAAGAUGAAUUUAAAAGAGUUGAACAAAUGGCAACCAUUUUAGAUAGACAGUAUUUUAAUAUACUAUUUUAGUUCUAUACCAAGAAUUAAUGGAGAAUUGGCAGUAACUAGAGCAUUUGGUGAUAAGAAACAUAGAUAAUCAGGUUUGAUAGCAAUUCCUGAAAUAAAAAUACAUUAAGUUGAUUAAAAGGAUAAAUAUUUGAUUUUGGCAUCUGAUGGUUUUUGGGAUGUAAUAUAAUAUUAAAUAUUUAGAUUAUUAAAAAUGAUGAAUUAAAAAAAUUAAUUGAAAAUUGGAAUAGAAAAGAAAUAGAUUAAUUAGCAUAAUAUCUUCUUGAUAAAGCAGCAUCUAAAAAUACUAAUUAUAAAAAAGACAAUAUGACUUUAAUUGUUGUAGAUAUCUAAUCUUAUUGGAAAUGA